AUGAGCUUUAUCGUAGACGCAUUUCUCUAGAAAACAAUCUUCAAUAUUAAUGUGAUAACCAAUAAUCUCAAUUAAAAGCUAUUGACUCACUUUAAAAUCAUUGCAGAUGAGGAGAGAUAAUCAGGAGAGAAGGAAAUUCCUUCAAAGAGGAGAAAAAGAGGUAUUGAAUUUGUAAAGAAACUCAAACUUGGCAUGGGCUACUAAGAAAUUGCCUCAAGCUAAGAAAGUUAAUCAACUCCUAAUAAUAUCAAGCUUUUAUCUUCAGAAUCUGCCUUAAGUAAAUGUAAAAAAGUCAAUCUGGAGGAGUACCAAGACUAUCUAAAGGAUAUCGAUGAGAGGAUAAAUCAACUGAGUUUGCGCUAAAAGUAGUCUGAUGAGUUGAAUUCUGUCGAUGGUCAGUGCAGUGAGAGGGGCGACUCUGCAAAUCAUAGCUAAAAGAGUAUAAUGGCCAUACCAGAGUAUAAGGAUUAACAAUUGAGUUAUCAGAGCAAGCCUAAGUCAAUAUUGAAGUAGCUGACAUCAUACCCACUGGAAGGAGAGGUUAACCCAAGUAUCACUAAAUCUAAAAAGAAAGCUAGGCUAAUCUCUGAGCUUGAGAUCAGUGUCAACAAGGACGAUGACAACUACAACUACAGCAUCGAUAAGUUUAAUUCAAAGAAAAUAAAGUUAAAUGAGGAGUUAACUAUUCACAAUAACUCUAAUGGUAAUGAGGAAAAGAUGUUUGAUCUCCAAAGGAUCAAAGAGGUCAUGUCUAAAAUAUAAAAUUAAUCUCGCUUACACCAGUAAAAUUACACUGUUGACUACAACAAUUAAGGAAAAACAGAUCCUAACAUAGAGCUAUAGGGUAACUUCUAGCCUUUCCACAACAUGACUUAAAUCGAACUCUCUAAAGAUAAUGUCCAAGAUGAAUCUCCUUACUUCUAAGGACAAGAUGAAUAGGAAAAUCUAGUUACACAGCAGCUAUAGUAAGUAAAUUAGUUUUCUGAGGAUCAGAAAUACUCCUUUAGUGUUUAACCCUAUGAGUCUUUGGAUAAUCCCCUUGCCUAUUCCUGCAACUCUAAUAAAGAGAACUUGACUCCUUUUGAAAAAUCUUCUAAAAGUGUCAUUUAAGAUUAAUUGACUGCUUUAAAGAAUAGAGAAAAUUUGCAUAAAAUCUAGAAUGAUAUCAAUAAUCUUAAGCUUAAUGAGAGCGAUCCAGAUAGAGCAAUUAUAUAAGCAAGCAAUAAGCUAAUCUAGCAGUAUCAAGGUACACAAUAGUAAAGAGCACCUCUUGGGGAGAUUAUAAUUGAUAAUAUAAACCAUUAUGACUAGGAUUAUUCUGAGCAGACAGACUAUGCCUCUGUUUACAAUGAAUUUAUUCGUGACUGCAACUCUUAAUAUGUCUUAAGUGAUAAAUCUUCUGAGAGAAUCAGUAGUGAUGGAGAGUUUAAUGAUGCAUGCAGGAUUGCUGAGUUUGAUGAAGAUGAUCCUAUUAUAAAUGUAAUAGAGAAGUAAAAAGCUUAACUUGAGUCAUGUAAUCAAUACGAUAUGCUUGGUUUUGGCAGAAGAAGUCCUAAACUUACAGUCUCUCAUUUCGUCCAUAGAAUUGAAAAAGAUCAGUCAAAACCUGGUAGUGAUUUAGGUAAUUAUUUCAAGAGUAAGCCAAAGUCUGUCAAAUAUCGGGGUAUGAAGUACUUCAAGAAAAUAGGAUAUACUGACCAGAGAUAUAAGAACAUUCCUAGAUGGUGCACAGACAUUGAACUAUUAAAUAAAGUAGUCUUAUUCCAGAAAAGCUAAGCAGUGUCAGCAGAUGAUGUCUUUGGUAAGUUUGACCCAAGAACCUUGAAGUUUAAUUUGAGGGAGCUCUUUGGAGAUCCAGUGAGAAACUUUAGAAAAGAAAAGAAAUAUGACAGAAGAGGGUCAUCUGCUAAUUGGAAUGAUUACCAUGAGUUUGUCACACCUAUCGGGCAAAAUGAAGGGAAACAGUUCAAUUUAAAUUUGGAAGAUUAGAAGAGUAACGCCCAUAUAUCUAGCUUCUCUCCAUUUGGUAGGAAAAUGCAACAUCAGAAGUUUAUGAAUAGAUCGGAUGACAAUAACACUACAGGCUUUUCCGCUGGCAUGAAUUAUCUUGGGAGUUAGUCAACAUAAUUGAAUCACAGCUAUCAAGGAUCACAACAUUAAAUGGGAAAGGGAGAUGACGCGAGCCUUCACAUCAUUCACUAAGCUAACCUAUGGCAGAAUAAAUCAAUCAAGGGAGAUUUGAUGAUGGGGGGUUCCUUCCACAAAAUUGACGAGGAAAGUGAUGGCAACGAAGCUGAUAUGUGA